CUAAGUCUCAUAUACACAAUGAUUGAUCCCACCUUCAGCCCCUCGCCAGUAUAUCAAUUUCUCUCUCUCUCUCUCUCUCUCUCUCUCUCUCUCUCUCUCUCUCUCAGUCUCUCAAGCACCCACACUGGUCCCUUCACCCAAUACACCCCCCCAGCCUCUCUCUCUCUUUCUCUCACUCAUCCACACCGGUCCCCCACCCACCCAGUCUCUCUGUAUCUUUCUUCCUCACACGCGCACACGCCCCUCUGCAGCACUCAGCUCUCCUCCUCAGCUAUGGCUACCCCGGACGCCCCCGGCGAGCCCCUGGUGGUCCGCCUCGGCCUCAUCAAUGCCGAGAACAAGUACCUGACCGCGGAGAGCUUCGGCUUCAGCAUCAACGCGUCCGCCGCCUCCAUGAAGAAGAAGCAGGUGUGGACCCUGGAGCACGCGGGCGACGCGGACUCCAUCAGCGUGCUGCUCCGGAGUCACCUGGGCCGGUACCUGGCGUGCGAUAAGGACGGCGUGGUGACGGCCGACCGCGAGCGACCCGAGGCAGACUGCCGGUUUGCGGUGAUCGCGAACGACGACGGCCGCUGGGCGCUGCGCUCCGAGGCGCACUCGCGCUACCUGGGCGGCGCCGAGGACCGCGUGGCGUGCGUGGCCAACCCCGGGACCAUGUGGAGCGUGCACCUGGCCGUGCACCCGCAGGUCAACAUCUACAGCGUCGCGCGCAAACGGUACGCGGGAGUGCGGGGAGGCCAGCUGGCCGCGGACCGCGACGCGCCGUGGGGCGUGGACGCACUGCUCACGCUGGUCUACGCCGAGCGCCGCUACCACCUGCAGACGCACGACGGGCGCUUCUUGGGCGCGAGCGGGCAGCUGGUGGCCGGACCGCCCGUCGCCGCCGCCACGGGCUUCACGCUGGAGUUCCGCGCGGGCGCCGUCACCUUCCGGGACUCCACCGGGGCAAACCUCGCGCCCUCGGGACCCACAGGGGCGCUGAAGGCGGGCAAGAGCGCGCGCUCCGGAAAGGACGAGCUGUUCGUGAUGGAGCGGAGCCGCGCGCAGGUGGUGCUCACCGCCAGCAACGGCAGAAACGUGUCCAUGCGCCAAGGGGUAGAUCUGUCGGCCAAUCAGGAAGAAGAGUCGAAUCAGGAGGUGUUUCAGAUGGAGAUGGAGAAGGAGAAAAAGCGCUGCUCCUUUAGGUGCUACAGCAGCAAGUACUGGAGCCUUACCCCCAGCGGAGCCAUCCAGUGCACUGCGUCUUCCAAAUCGGCCAGCUGCUUCUUCGACUUGGAGUGGAAAGACUCAAAGGUUACUCUCAAGGCCAGUAACGGCAAGUACCUGACAGCCAAGAAGAACGGUCAGCUGACCGCCUCUGUGGACUCUGCAGGUGACCAGGAGCUUUUUGUCCUGAAGCUCAUUAACAGGCCGUUAAUCGUGUUGCUUGGGGAGCAUGGCUUCAUCGGCUGCCGCAAGCAAGGCACAGGAACUCUGGACUGCAACCGCUCCUCCUACGACGUCUUCCAGUUAGAGUAUAACGACAACACCUACAGUCUGAAAGACUCGACAGGAAAGUACUGGACAGCGGAGGCGGACGGUACCAUUGUGAGCAGCAGUGCCACUCCAGUCUACUUCCACUUUGAGUUCUGCGACUACAACAAAGUGGCCAUUAAGACCCAAGAGGGCCUUUAUCUGAAGGGAGACCAUGCUGGGGUUCUCAAGGCCAAAGCACAAGGCAUCGAAAAUGCCUCUCUGUGGGAAUAUUGAAACGCAUACAAGGAAUCUCAAUUUAAUCAUACACAUACUUGCACACUUAACUAUAAGAAACGCUUACAUACCUUUCAGUAUAUCAUUAUAUGUGAACCAGUUUAGAACACAAGACACUGACACUAAAAUACAAGCACACAACAGCAACAUACUGCACAAUGUGAAUACAAAGCUCAAGCUGAGAAAAGAGCUUAGAAAUGUUUUGAUAUCAUCGCUUAAAAAGCACAAAAAUGACUAAAUGAAAGUAAUAAGCUCCUUAUACAACUACAUGCUGAAAAAGAAAGGCCUGUAUUUAUGUAUGUAUAUUCUGUACAUAGUUCAGUCAGUUAUUGAGUCUAAAAACUGAUUAUAGAGCUGUAAUUGUUUCUUUGCAUACAUUGUACCCUGUUCUUAAUUGAUCAUGUAUUAUUUGUGGUGGGUCUUUCUCAACACUGCCAGUGAGACUGUCAUAGUGGUGGUGUGUUGUUAGUAAGUGUUGUGUUGCUAUGAGUGGUAGAUCAGACACAGCAGUGCUGCUGGAGUUUUUAAACCCCUCAGUGUCACCGUGCGACAGACACUAAUCCACCAAGCAGAAAAACCAAGCCAACAGUGUUCUGUGGGCAGCAUCCAGUGACCAAUGAUGAAGAAUUACAGGAUGGCCAGACCUGUGCUGCCACAGAGGGUCUUCUGUCACUUUACAUCCAUAAGGUGGAGCAACUAGAUAUUAGGAGCAACCUAAUAGGGUUGUCACGAUACCAGAAUUUUGACUUAAUACUGAUACCAACCGUAGUAUCAUUAUUCUUGAUACCAAAACAAUACUUGGAAGAAGAAUAAAAUAACAAUAAAUGCUGAGCCUCUGCUCGUGUUUUAUCCUUUACUCUGGAGAGAUUUGUAACACCACUUGUAAACUGGGUUUGUGGUGUUGGUUCAUUUGUGAUUUAAGCAAAUCAUGCCCACACUUUACUCCUUGUCCCUGUUUUGACCACAAGUAGCGGAUGCAAGAGAACGUAUUUUAUCCCAGCCAUUGCCAUUCUACGAGCGCUGCUCUCGCGCUGCUGGUUUGCUUGUGUCGCUCAACUGAAUCAAAUUAGUAAAAGCGAAUUGAUUCAUUUGAUCAGAAUAGUAGGUUUACCUUAAUCCUGCCACACCAGCUGCGGUGUGAAUCAGUUUUCAUAUGAAGUAAAUCAAAUCACGCUAAUUCAAGUCCUUUGAAGCCUGUAACUGGGCUUUAUAGCUACAAUAUUUAAAGCAUUGAACGCUAAAGAACCGAAUCCUUUGUGACGACGUAGUAUUAAAAAAGCAUCGAGCGUUCGCUGCAUCGUGCAACUCUAGUGCCUAAUAGAGUGGAGGACAGUAAUUUAACAAAAUGUUUAAAAACUCCAGCAGCACUGCUGUGUCUGAUUCACUUACACCAGCACAACACACACUACUAACACAGUGCUGGGAAUGAUCCUCCACCCAAACAAUACCUGAUGAAAAGAGGGUAAUAAAGCAUGUAGAGAAAUAGAUGGACUACAGUCUGCAAUUAUAGACAUGCAAAGGUGAAAAGGAGUGUAGAAACCAGGAUAUUUUGACUGGACUGUAUAUACAUAUAUAUAUAUACAUACACAGGCCCCAGGUCAACAUAUUGACAUAGGAAAUAUUGUUUUCAUUCUCAAAUCUCAGUCUCACUGCCAUCUCUCUAAUUUUCAUGUGAUAAACACUUCUUAUAUCUUGUCAUUUGUCUGCCUUUAAACUGGAAAAAUGCUUUAAGGAAUAUUGGAUUAUCCCAUUUGCUGCUUGCUGACAUGCAGACGGUCUGUCUGCGGCGAGAUUACAGUUGCCUGAGAUUAAAAGUAGUGUAAUUCUUGUAGAUUAAAGUAAACUCUCCGAGCUGUCCUCUAAAAGGGCUCUGAGCCAUCUGACCUAAAUGUAUUCUGCCUGUACAUCUCUAUAUGUACGCCUGGUGCUAAAUGAAUAAUGUGCUUUUCUAUUCUUAAAAAUGAGCGCAAGGUAAUAUAACUUGAUAUAACUGGCUAAAUUGUUUAGCAAUUCUGACAUCAUAAUGCCAUUAUGAUGUCACGAUGGUUAACAUGGGGUUACUGGGUAUAUUUCUGGCAAUUGUGACAUCAUAAUGGUAUUUUGAUGACAUGGAAUGACUGACUACCUUUUUCAGUAAUUGUUAUGUUAUAAUGCCAUUAUGAUGUCAUUAGUUUUGACAUGGAAAGACUGGCGACCUUUUUUGACAGUUGUGACGUCAUAGUGCAAUUGUGACAUUAUGAUGUUUAAACUGGAAUUUACUGGCUACCAUUUUUGGCAGUUGUAACAUAAUGAUCCAUGAGAUUUAACAUGUGUUUUGCGACAGUUAUGAUGCCAUCAUGAUGUUUAACAUGGAAUGACUGGCAUGACGUUUAAUUUAGGGUUACUAAAUACAUUUUUUGUAAAUUGUGAUGUCAUGAUGUUUAACAUUGGACUGGCUCCUGUUUUUGGUAAUUGUGAUGUCAUAAUUCCAUUAUAAUGUCAUGCUGUUUAACACUGGUUUUUCAGCAGGUAAGACACCAUAAUGCAAUUGUGAUGUCAUAAUGUUUAACAUGGGAUGACAGAAUGGCAUUAUGAAGCCAUGAUGUUUAUUAACAUGGGGAACUGGCUCUUUUUUGGUUGUUGUGACAUUAUAAUGCCAUUAUGAUAUAACAACAACCAAAAAAAGAGCCAGUGAUGUCAUGAUGUUCCAUGCUAAUGCUAAUCUUACUAAGGAAGACAUACAUAUGUAUAUAUGUAUGCAACAAUUGCCAACUGCUUUGAGGUGUGUAAUCAAGGUAUGUGAGUAAUAGUCUCAUUGUGACAUCAUAAUUGGAAAGCUGAUCAUUUACGUAUGCUAAAAAGGCCUGCUGUAGGCUUCUUUCAGCUUGCCCUUCAUAAGAUAACGCCUGUCCUGAACCAAAAACAUUUUUAGUGUGAACGGCUGCUAGUGUAAUGAGGUCAUGUUUUAAAUAGCAGUGCAGCAGUGCAGAAGGUUCUAGAUGAACAUCGCUAUUCACCUGACAUACACGCACACACACACACACACACACACAC